UUUUUUUUUAAUAACUCUUUAGUACACAAAGGCUGUGUUAAAAACAAGAUGCCGUGUUUCCCCCAAGCACCCGCAGCUCUUUCACAGCGUAUAGUUUCGAUCGCUACGCGACACAACGUUGCUAUAUCGCGCUCGUUUCACUUUUCACCCUGGAAGGCCGCUAUUGCUCAUCCAGUCACAGCCCAUGGUCCUCCCCCGAAAGCUCCCUCCGUCGCUCUAGAGCAUAAUGAACUCACGAGACAACAAGAUGGCAAUGGGCUACACACUCGAACGGCAAAGCCUACACCUCUCAACAAACGGUUUUGGAAGAGCGUCGACGUUAAGACGAAACCAGGUAUAUUUCUUAGUCUGCUGUAUGUGUAAAUAUAUGGCUGACUGCAUCCUUGUGGUCUUCUAGAAGGAGAUUACCAAGUUCUGCUAGACGCCAGGCCUGUUCGAACCCCCACAAAAGAUGUCCUCUAUAUCCCGCCAACAAAGCCUCACCUUGCGCAUUUGAUCGCUCUGGAAUGGGAUGUCAUGACCUCGGCCCAGCAAGCCUUGAAAAAUCAUAUGAUCCCACUAACUUCUCUCGCUGCGCGAGCCGCAGACAUUUUCCGGGAGGAUGCGAAUGGCGAGACGAUCACGAGAGACCAAAUUGUGAAAACUGCAAUGCGCUAUCUAGAGACAGAUACAUUGCUUUGUUGGGUGCCAGAGAAGAAUGACUAUAGCGCUGAGGAAGUUGACGAGCAUGGUCGGAGACCAGAGAGUCUUCGAGAGGCCCAGAUGAGAGUUGCGAAAAAUGUAAUCUCCUUUUUAAGCACCAUGGUGUGGCCUGGUAUUGAGAUCAGACCUAUUUUGGAUUCUGAGAGUAUCCUGCCGGUGUCGCAAACUCAAGCUACGAACGAUAUUAUUGAACAAUGGAUUUUCGGCCUACAAGCGCACGAUUUAGCUGCUCUCGAAAGAGGUAUUCUUGCCUCAAAGAGUUUACUGGUGGCUGUGAGGCUGGUCUCGGAAUGGAGUGAAAACUUACGCCACGUACAACGACCGAAUCAGAAAAAAUUCGGUAUUGAAGAAGCAGCCGAAGCGUCCAGUCUGGAAGUAAAAUGGCAAACAGAUAUGUGGGGUGAGGUUGAGGAUACACAUGAUGUUGAUAAGGAGGAUUUGAAGCGACAGCUUGGUAGUGUCAUUGUCUUGGUGAGCGGAGUGACGAAGUGACGAAGUUCUUGUCCUUCGAUGCUGUAUAUUGUAUUUAUUUAGACGCCGAGGGCCAUUCUGUACGUUAUAGUUACAUAUACAACCAUAAUUUGCGCAUCGU